AUGAUAACACGAUAUAAAGCGAAAAGGAUCGACAUAAUAUUCGAUAGAUACUUCUCCUCAUCAAUUAAAGAGAUUGAGAGAUCUCGCAGAGACGAAUUCUCAACGACUGAAUACAUUAUUGCAGGUCCAGAUCAAGCGAGAGGCGUGGAAUUUUCAAGGGAGAUGAGCAAUAUCAAGUUUAAGGAGGCAUUAGUUAAAUUCUUGAGUAUGCAUUGGAGUAGUACAGAGGCAACACCGUUCAUUGGAAACAAAAUCAUCAAUUUAAACUUCGAUUUAUGCUAUCGAUUUGAGGUGAUCAAUGGAGAAGUGGUGAAAACAACUGAUGAUCAACUGAUAUGUGAAGGACAUGAAGAGGCUGACACCAAAAUUGUGUACCACAUCUGCAAGCUAGAUACGGGCUCUCGGAUACUUAUAAAAGCCAAUGACACUGACAUCCUCAUAAUCAUGCUGGGCAACAUGAAACACAUUAAAAGUGAGACACAUAUUUGGAUGCAAUGUGGUACUGGGAAUAAUAUACGUGACAUUGACAUCACGACAUUGUAUUCGAUUCUCGGAGAGUCAGUAUCGCAGGCUCUUCCAGGAUUGCAUGCCUUUACAGGCUGCGAUUAUAAUCCGGCGUUUUUUCGCAAGGGCAAAAAUAGGCCGUUCAAAUUGUUACUGACAUCUGAUGAAUACCAGAGAGCGUUCAUUCAAUUAGGCACUUUGAUGUCGUCCUCUGAAAGAAGUGCAGUCUUUCAAACCCUGGAACGAUUUGUCUGCCACAUGUAUAGUGUCGAGCAUGAGCGAACUCAAACAACAUCUACGGAGGUCGCACUAUAUCAGCAUUUUAUGGCGAUAUGCACACAUGCAAUAUCCCACGAGUUUACUUCCGGUUGGACUUGGCUGGAUUCAGUUCAGAAUAAGGAUUUAUUAGACUUUUGCUGGUUUGAGGGUGAGCAACUUCCUCAAUUGAUCUCCGACGUUAUCAUUACUGAAGGCAUUGAAGACGAACUCGUCGACGAUCCGACAAAGGAAAUAGAAGACGAUAAGGAAAUUCACCGCGAUUCAGAUGGCGAUGAAGAUGACGAAGAAGAUGAGAUCAUAAAUGCUGAUGAAUCCAGUGAUUUUUGAGUCAAAUAAAAAAAAUAAUUUUUUCUCUUUUCCAAUAAAUUAUUAAAUAGUGGUAAUACAGC